AUGCCUGGAAACCAACACCAUAUUCCUGAUGCAGUGAAGGAGGAGUGGGUGAGGAUGUCUACUUGCAUAGGCUCAGGAGAGAUUGCUCAGGUCACUGGUGCCAGCCAGCACACAGUCAACCAAGUUCUUCAUCUGUCACAUCUCACAGGUUCUGUGACAAAGAAACCCCUCAAAUGUGGAUGUCCUUGUUUGCUGACAGCACAUGAUGCUCAUUACCUUGUUGCAUGUGUUGAGUGCACACCUAAUAUCUAUACUUGUGAGCUGCAACAUCUCCUCCAGGAAUCCAGAGGUAUCAAAUUAUCUGAGUCUACAAUUGAAUGCACUCUACAUAGGCAUGGGUUUUCUCACAAGUGUGUGUGUAUGAGCAAGCAGUGA